AUGUCCAGCAGUCCCGAGGAAGACCCACCUCCUUUUGACAGUCCCCCAGGAGCCCAUGUUCGCAGUUCUGAUGGCGUCGUCACCGCACCAAGCACGAUUUCUCGAAGAGCUGGAAAAAGUGUGGACCGUCGUGAUGACACUGAGGAUCUCCGAUCUUCGAACGUGACUGAGGAGGAGGAGGAGAUGAGGCAGAACAGGUAUGUGUCCAUAAGAAUGACCAAAUCGAAUUUUACGCUCUUACCUUAGCUCUUUACUUUGACCGAGAACGUUGGGCGCUGGCGAGAUGCUCGCGAACAUUGGGGUCUGUAUGACUGUGAACUCCUUUACGCAAUGCUGUACUCGAAGUGCCCCGCACCACAGAACCAAAACACCAAUGCCUACCGUUAAAACGUCCAAAGCGAGGCCCGGCAGUUUGCUACAAUGAUGUGUGUUCAAGGUUUCCCUCUCGGCGCUUCACGAAAUUGCUGUCCCAUGGAACUUCGAGACUGUCUCUGUCUUGUUUUACGUACAAAAGUUUUUAUUCCUCCGCUCAUAAUCUGCCGGCCGCUAGCUGAUUUUAUCAUUGGAAAAAAUGAAGACUCGCCAAAAAUGUCUCUUGACAAUCGUGCAUUCCAAGUCUGUUAAAAAUGGCCCAUCGUCGGACAAAAUGACCAUGAGUAGAAUUCGUGCACGAGCGCAUGUGCGCUUCAGACAGUCCCCCACAACUGCGCACUGUGUGGAGUUUGUGUACGGCGGCCGUAGGUGCGAGUACGUACAACUCUUUCUCGAAGAGAUUCUCCCUCAUGAAUGCCUGCUCGGGUGUACUACCCGCAUCUGCACAUCGUGAUUCAUUGUAGUGAGGGAUGUGCAAACGUAGACUCACUUUCUUAUUUCCCACACAUACACCAGCCGAUUGUCCGAAUCUGUCCAAAAACUGAUGAUGGAACUGGGCACAGUGACGGGCUGAUCACUCACGGUAUUUAGGCGUCCCAGUUGCCGUUUGGCAAUCUAUUUUUUUGCCUUCUACGUGAACUUUUUGCUAAGUGGACUCUUUCUAACGAAUUUACGGGGAAAAGGGCUUCAGGACAGGAGUGGCGGAUGCAUUUGAGGGUCUGACACAAUCAUCUUGUCCAGUUUACAGCAGAUUUGUCUUAAAGUUUUCUGCGGUAGCUCAGAGUUAGAGUACCCAAGCGCGAAAAACGGAAGGUUCGGCAGUCCGAGUUGGCGUGGUUGUCGUUAUUCUGUGCACAACUUUUUGAAGCCCUGUUUACCUAAGGUCCCCUCUGCGUUCCGCACGAUUUUUCCCCACCUACUCAAAAUGACUCUCCUGAGAUGUCUUGCAUGAUAUGCGUCUGCUGUGGGCGUUAGCAAACACGGUCUCGUCUCUGUGGUCUUGUCAGUCAUCAAAUCUAGUGAUUUCAUCCGUUCUUAUGAUCGAUGCACCCGAACCUUCUUUUUCAGUGGUUUAAGUGCGGUGGGCGUCUACGCUGCAGUGAGUAAUGAUUUUUUUUCAGUGUAACAUGCACCGUUCGCCUGUUUGCACGCCUAAUCUUUUUGCAUUUUGUUCAAUUCACACGCGGUGGUGUCGAAGAGGCAAAAGACCUUUCGACACUCUCUGAACUUUCGGACGGUAAGCGAAGAUCGGUCGGCAGACGAAGUGGUUUGAAAGAGUGGAGGUGGGAAGUAGGGAGCCAAAGAUCUGUCGCGCGCCGGGGUGUGGACGCCAGUCCAUACACGAUGUUCCAACAUUGCAAGUUCGAGAGCCAGGGGGCGACCAUAUGAAUAGCCAGUUGGAAGCUUUGCUGUCCCGCCUAGACUGCAACAGGCACAAGCCAGCAGACCAGAUACCGGCCAACGCCGCACGACCGGUGGCCCAUACUUGACGCCUCGAAUUGCCAAAAAAUCGAGUUUCAGAGAACUGACAUUUCAGACAACACUGUCAGUGUUAGCCAUCCAAAUAUACACGGACAGGACCUAGUCCUGGCAUUGAAAUGGGCCUCCACCGUUGAUGGCACGGAAAGGCUACGCCAGUUUUCUCCACGCUCAUCGAAAUGCACUUUAGUAGUCCGUCGGACCACCAAAAUGAAGAUAGGCAGCCCUUUCAUGUCACUAAGUGAACGAUUGCCGCUUUGGAAACAACGCCAUGAGUGAAACCGUCAACUUAAGAUGCUCCCAGCGGCACCCGUAACGCACUUGCUUCUGCGAAGUCCCUUGUGCCAUCGUCUUAUGCCGAACUGCAGAGCAUGGUUCAGCAAUUUCGAGGUGAGGUGAGGUGAGGUCUACGAGAGCGAUUCUGCGGUUGUGUUUGAGUGACCCGGGAAAGCACUGGCAGCCUUUGUGACACAAUCAGUUCUACUACUACUACUACUACUACUACUACUACUACUACUACUACUACUACUACUACUACUACUACUACUACUACUACUACUACUACUACUACUACUACUACUACUACUUCUACUACUUCUUCUACUACUACUACUACUACUACUACUACUACUUACUACUACUACUACUACUACUACAGGUAUAGGGCGGUGCCGUACUGCUUCCUUUCUUCACAGGAAGAGAAAUGAUAUUGAAUGUCCGAGCUGCAGAGGCACCAGUCCGAUCUUAUUUGACAGGAAGUUUUCCAGUAUAAUCCUUGGCUGCUAUUCCUCUGCCAGGGACGCACUGGCAAGGCCGAAUUAGGGCGGCUUCUGCUCUGGCUGUGCCCGUAUUCACCCUGCGGUGAAGAGCGUAACUUCUUGGCUGGGAAUUCUGGCGCCUGUCAAGGCUGCGUCUUUCUACUGAAAAUGAAGUGUGCGGUUGGUUCAGUGGAUUCUGUCGACGCCUGGACUACGCAGAUGUCCGGGUGAGUCAAAAUCUCAUCUCGAACCGUGACUAAAUCAACCUCGCCCUGUCAGACAACUCGCUCGACGAACUAGAGCCUGCGCUUGUUUCCAUGGUCUUCCCCUCCCGCAAACUGAAAAUGCCUUCUAGCAAAACGAAGUACUUAUCAGCAGCUUCAAGCUGCUUUUGGUACACCUUGUAUGGCUAGAGGUCCGAGGUAGCCGAGUGUUCUGCAUACCUCAGUGCCGUUGGGUUAACUACUGACCUGCAUGGGAGGGAGAUAACUUGCGGUCUACAGCUCGCACGGAGCCUGUUCUGCCGUCCUCAGAAUCCCGUGUUGUUUCGCCGUGAGGUUCAGCAGAACACAGAUGCGAUUGUAGGAGACUAUGGUCAAGAUUGUCUCGCACUGCGGCUGCGAAACGUGGUCUGUGCAUGCCACUGACUGAAGAAAAGUUGAAAUGUCCCAAAAUUAAUCCGGUCUCAGCUAGUGGUCCAUGUCUGGGGGGCGGAGCUCCACCCUCGAGCGUGGACGCCUUCUGCUCCUUCAGCAGAAGGUCAUGCACACCCCGUCGGCCGCAACGAGGCCCUAUCCACGACAUCAUCCCUCCGAGUUGGCGUUAUCCUAUUGGUCAACUGAAGAGGUGUACGUAAGUGGCAAGGUCAGAUCAACAGUGACUGUUGGACUCAACGGCCUUCUGCUUUCGUCAAUGGAGACAGAAAAAAGCAUUACUGACAUCCUAAUCGGUGAUCGAGGGCCAUGGAUCGCACUGGUUCCUGACGCCGUAGAGUCCGACCAAACAACACUACGUCUAGGCAUCACAAGUUCAAAUUUGUUGUGAUCUAAUGGCUUGGAGACUGUGGGAACUGGCGAGGUGGAUUCUCCAGUCGUUGCACUAGAUUUGAAGAAGCGGUUGAUAUACCCGAAGUCCCCCCGAGAAGACCCUCACUGCUUUAAUACGCAGAGAGAUAGCGCUAACACUAUUGUGGCGGGCCACAGGAUCGUUUCUACUCUUCACCCUGCGCGAUAGUGCCUUCGUGCGAUGUGCGCUCUACCUGCAGGGACUUUAAGUCGGAUUUUGCCGUUAAAACACAAGGGCCAACUGCAUACAGCGCUGCUGCUUUUGUGCCGAAGGCCUUGACGUGGACCACAGUAAGCUCAAAUCCCAAGGUCAGAUGAGACGAGCCUCCAAGAAGACGGAAGGCAGGUAUGGCCGACAACCGCAGCAGGAGCGGGGUAUCCACUAAGAACGAGAGUGGAUGUACUCUAAGAGCAUUUUCGACCCAUCUGCUCAUGCCUCUCAGUGAGAAGUGUUUUAAGCACUCAUGCUUUUCCCCUCCAUUCCCCUAUUCACCCCCUGGUUUUCUCCUGAAUAUGCUGGCAUUUAACACUGGAGCGCGUUUACGUCGUCUCCUGUGCCCUCGAUAACCACUAUGCUUGUAUCAUUCAGAUGCCCCCCAAAUGAACCUGUCCAGACGCCAUCGAUUGGUAAGCAUUGCCUUUCUUUUACCCUUCUGAUUUCUCAUCGGUCACGAAAAGUUCGUUUUAUACCUCAAGUGAGAUUUGACUGCAGCACCACUUCCAGAAACGCGUUCAUGUGCUGAUGUUUGCUGUUUCUGCACACGUACGAACCUGGUGCGUGGAUAGUUAUGGUGUCUUCACGGAGUCAAAUAGUCGCGGACACUUAUCUUCACGCUGCUUAGUGAAUAGAGCUGACAAUCCCGUUGUUGACAUCGACAACGCAGGUUUGUUGGUCGGAUGCGGUUAAACGGAGCCCGAGGGUAGAGUCGCGCAGCGACUUUGUUAUCUGUAUCCCAUCGUCCUUCACGUGUAACCGGAUGCCUUUGUUUGUGACUCCGGGGUACCGUCUAGUGUAAUUUGAUUUCUACCGGACACCAAUCAGCUAGCCUUGGGAGGGCCAUUUCGCCUGCCAUCGAUGUUGUUUUUGAUAAUAGAAAAUUCUUUCAUGAUCCAUCUGUUUCUUCCUCUGGAAGGAAAUUGAGUCCUAGUCCGCAUCGGCAUUUCCAUGGAAACGUUAUUUAACUUUUGCAUGAAAUAUUUUCCGAGCUUGUUAAUGCAGUGUUUAACGGACACUGAGCAGCACGGUUGGCUUGUCUUCCGUGGACUCGUUGUUCUUGCGUGCCGAUAGUCCCUUGGCUUGCUCCCUUCUUCCUCUGCUUGUUUAUUAAACUCCGGACACGGGUCCGCCCAUGUCAACGCCUCGUGUCGUAGUAACAAGCCCACUCCAAACCUGGGGAGUGUUAAGCGUAGCUGGUUAUAGUCCUCACAUGCCCUUCCCCCUCUCCCCAAACAAGAGAGCGCAAGGGCCAGUGUGGGGACGGGGGGAGUGGAGUAUGCGCAUACAGGCACCCAGAAGCUCGCCGCUUUCCCGGACAACCAUUAAAUCCAUUCGUGCAUGAAGUUCUCGCCACCCCUUUAGUCCGCAGCCUUACACAAUUUAAGCUUUUUGUCACCUGGUAGCACACAAGUAGUUGCGUAUGCAAGGGUUGGGCGAGCACACCCGGUGUAUGCAGUAAACAAAUUUUCUCCGGUAGCGGCGUUGUUCUCUUACGGACAGUUCAUGCUCACUUUUAAGCCUUUUCAGGUGACACGUCAGUAUUAGCUUAUUGUCACUUGACCAUUCUAGGGAAUUUUAAGCGGAUUUUGCAGACCCAAGGACCUUUUAUUGAAAUCUAGGCUGAAUUGGUCCCGUGCUGCCAGACCUGCUUAUAUGAUUGCUCGCAUGCAGUACACCUCUAGAGCAGCCUAAACUGCAGGUUAUUUUUCAGUCUGCAUCAGUACUUGAAGCUUUCUGAGACGGUAUUUAGCAAAUCGUUGAGCUAUAAAAACCAUUGACAACAUAAAAUGCCAGUUUCGCCGUACUCAAGGUUUUUUCCUUUCUAGUGCUUUAAAAAUGCAUUUUAACUUGGAGUAAAACUUGUAGGUUAGCCUCGAUUGUCAUCCAGCUGCUUUAUACGAUUUUCGAGUAGUGCUGAUUGAAAGUAAGGGUACAUCUGUCCGUUGUUCAAAUCAACCCUAAACAUGCGUGUGCAAUGGUAGUACCGGUUAACCUCAUCUUUAUUCCAUCCGUUCCUUCAAACCAAACAGAUCUUGAUCUCUCGUUCUUGGAUCAAUCAGCGAAGGCAACGGUAAGCAUUGGUAAAGAAUUAUUUCUGUUACUUUCCUGGUAGGACUUAGCUUACUGUUCAUCCGCUCGGUUACAGCACUGCUGCUCGUCUCUGCUGUUGGUGUCACUGACACCCGGCUGUACUCCUCAUGGCAGUACUAAGACCCACGGCCGCCAUCUCCCGGGGCUUCGCGGUAUAGACGACAACCAACAGAUUGUGUAUUGCAUGUGGCUCUGACGCAUGCAACCAAGUGCACCAGUAAACUCUCUUUCCGCGCACGGACUGCGACCGAGCUAACGUUUUUGUUGACUUUUCUUAAGUUCCCUCCUGACUAUCUGGGAGACGCAAAUACUUUCCUUGACCAGAAGAUCCCCGCUCCUCCUCCCCCCCCCCCGCCUCUAAUUUACAUCUAUAAUGUCCUGCCAGACAAUUGUCGAUGUGGUCCCCUGACCAAAGUGCCAGUUGCACGUAAGGUCGUCACAGUCCUUGGGACACUAGAGCUGCCAACUUCAGUUGGUGACCACGGGUAAACUCGGAUCAAGAGAGGCCUGUAGCCGGGGGCUGGAGUUUCACUGACUGAUGAUGGCAUAUGUGCCGGAAAUAGCCGUUCCAGUGUCCCUGUCUUUGUCACUGAAACAUCCUGAGUAUCGAUGACUGGUCGUUAGGUCAUCUUAGCCCGAAAGCUGGACAGAAAUGUCGAAUUCUGUCCUACAAUCAGGAUUCCUCUGUACACGCUACUCUCAUGUGACUUAAUGCUCUUUCGACUUGACGCAUACCCGUUUGUGCAGUGGACGGCCUUCCCACUGAAAUCUACGAGUCGUGUGUCGACAUUCUGGUGCCUUGGCUCCAUGAGGGGAUUGAACAAGCGUGGAUAGACGAGGUUGUUCCAGCUAACUGGGACUCAGGCAUUCUUGUACCCGUCCUCCAGAAGGGUGCUUAGACAAGAUGCGAAAACUACCUCAUCGACAUUUCCGCGAAGGUCUUCGCCGUUGUCCUUCUCAGGCUAUUCCAGGCUGUAUGUGACUCUAGAACGAGGCCUAACCGAGCCGGAUUCCGGGCAAAGCGUGGGUGUGCCGACCAUCUAUUCACACUGAGGCGCAUUUCCGAAUUCCGCCGUAGCCACCAUAACAGCAGACGGCCGUCUGCUUUAUUGACUUUGCUGUUGUAUUCGAUUCCGUUCACCAUGAGUCCCUGUGGUGAACAAUGGGACAAGGAAACGUAUCGGCCAAAAUCAUCGCCAUAACCAAGACCUGCCUUCGCUCAACCGCUGCCUGAGCUCACGUCUAUAACAAUCUAUCCCAACCGUUUGAUCUUCGGUCUGACGUUCGGCAAAGUUGUCUGCUGUCGCCCACUUUUCUCAAUUAUGCCAUUGAUUGGAUUCUGGGGAAAGCCCUACACGAAGGUGACGGUGCAGAGUUUGCACCCGCCUGCCGGUCGACUGACCAUGACUACGCGGAUGAUAUCGUUUUACUAGCUUGUAGCUUCAGUGAUCCGCGGUCUAUGGUGCCACGGGUAAACAAGGUCGCUAAAUCAGUCGGUUUAUUCAUAAAUGCUGGGAAAACCGGUGUUUUCAAGCCGCAGCCCUGACCAGGAAAGGAACCUCUUGAAAUUUAUGGCUGUCAACUUUAAGAUGUAGAUAGUUUCAAAUACCUUGGAAGGUGAGGAAUCUGUCCAAUGGAUAGAGUACGAAGGACACUGUCUUCCGAACCGAAGCUGCCCGCGGGGUUUUAUCAAGUCUUCAAGGGGGUCCGUGAACCGGACGUGACAUCCCCAUCGCCACGUGCGUGUACCGUGCGUCCGUCCAGUCAAUCCUUCUGUACGGUUGUGAAUCCUGGACUGUGCGCGUGGAGGACGAGCGAAAACUGGGGGUAUUCGACCACUACUUCUUGAGGACCAUCGUCUCAGUGAAGUACACCGAUUACAUCUUAAGCGAGGCAGUGCGCAGGAUAUCCAGGCCAUUCGAGAAAUAAGGUUGUAGUGGUUUGGACACGUCCUUCGUCGUCCACCUCACAAGCCCAGUGUUGCUACCCUCGACUCGGCACCGUUACCUACUUGGAGGCGUCAAAGAGGAGUUCAAUUCAAAAACUAAGUCGACACAGCCUGUCGCGGUCUGGAAGUAGUUUUCGGAGCUUCGAUAUUUAGUCUCCUUCGCUGGCGCAGAGCAUAAGUUGAGCUGCCCCAGAUCGCCACGCGUGGUGAAGAAGUAGUCUCUGUGACAUCAUCAUGGGGGCCGGCCGGAUCAGACAUGAGCAAAGCCGUACCAAAUACAAGUAAGUGAGUAGCGCAGUUGUAAGGGCUCUGAUCGACAAUCAAUUUACCCCGGAGGUUGGAGCACCUGAGUCAAAAGUGGCCCUUGUGGCGUCCCUCUUUUUGUGGACAUGACCUCCACACAGUGUCAAAUUUUGUAUUUUAUAAAAUCUAUCCAACGACAUCAAGAAGAAAUGCGUUUCUUUUAGCGCCCCACGGCUCCGCACACGAUGUCCAAUUCAAUCUUACAAAACUUUGACCCCCUCAUCGAAGGUUAGUUCAUCUGCCUUUAUUGUUUCUGCUGACGCGAUUUCGGAGAAAACGGUUGUAAUAAAUAUUCUGACACCCCACAAUUUUAUGCUCGUCGCAUUUUCGUCUGCUUGCCAUAGAGGCGGCAAAAUGUUACUCUGUUGCGUUGAAUCGUGCGAUUAAACCCUCGCUGCUCUUCAUUGAUCCCUGCUCCUCCAAAGGCAACUCGCCGUCCCACUUCCACACCUGGUAACAAGAUUCAUUUGCCCGGACUGUGCAACCUCGCUGUAAACUUUCUUAAGAACCCUGUCAUACAGUGCAACCUAACCGCGCUUUGCUGUGUUCGUAACUAAGUGACGGCAUUGUUUGCGUCAAUCGUUUGAGACCCGUUUUCAUGACUCAUGUCAUGCGCGUUUUGUGACUGGGCGAUCCCGCCGCCCGCAGUCGGGGAUUAUGUUCACCUAAGGUCGAUCCUGCAGGCACCGUAGAUUAAUGCCCAUUCGCAAACAUCCCAGGAAAGGCGACGCCUCAUAUAGAGAGAAGGCAGCUUUAAGGGCUGUCUUUCCAGCAUUGGUGAAGGGGGGGGGGGAGUUCCAUUUUUUGACCACCAGCAUGACCCACUUCACCCUUGGCCACAUGCCCUGGCAACGCCUAAAUCCGUGGCAUCUAGGUGCUUUUGGCAAUUUAUAAUGUCUUCUCGUUGCGGCCGCGAUCUUGACUACUUUGGGGGUCUCCAGUCUCACUCUCUUCCACGGGUCUUACACCCGAUCCCUUCGCCAUCACGAGAAUCACGGCACCGCAGAGCGCUUCUUUCCAAGGCAUGAUGGGCAGUACUCGACUACAGUUUUCUUUGGUCGCCACUAAUGGAAGUGGUAACGAAGAGCCGGCUGUCAUGAUUUUUUUCUGGUCCGCAGCCGUUACUCAGCUCACUUGUUUCGAGUUGUCUUUUUAUGCCCAAUCGCAUGCCAGCGAUAGUAAAUGAACAUCUGCGAUAACCUCAAACUCCACAUCGUAGGCAACUUUGCGGCAUUUCCCAGGGUAAUUGAUGUGUGUCAGACGCUAAGCCUCUGCUUCCUCUGUGGCCGUUUGCAAGCCCCAAAUGUCUGCUUUCUUUGCAGGCAGCCGCCAUUGACAGCUGCCGUGGCAGCAUCUUGGGCCGGUCCGGCUGGCGCACGGGCAGCCCCCUUUUCUCAUCCUUAUAGCUAACCUCAUCAACUGGCCGUUUGUCAGUCCGAAUUAGAGGUCUGCCCGUGGGCACAAUGGGCUGUUGUGCUCACGCAUUUUUCUAAAGCCGACCAAUUGACCCUUACUAUUCAGCUACUUGGUGUACAUAGGACUGCUCCUCCGCUUCAGGCCUUGCUACGCCUGUUUUAUUGCACAAAAUUAGUGUUUAAUGUAUCCCUUUUCAGACGGCCGUUCGCCCGAAAAUGCGGGAACACCGGCGCCUACGGUUCCGGAAGUGUGAGUAUGCUGCGUGUUUACCUUUGUGCUUUUUGUAACCGGCUUUUUGCCAUUCGAAAUGCUCUUGAUCUCGGUUAGUCGUCUUCUGUUGAUGCAAUUCCAGAAUCUGUCAACAAUCCACUAGCGUUUCAUGGCGUCGAUGUGCACAUGGCAGUAGUUCAGUAGACGUAGGCUGACCCGACAUCCAUGGAAUAUUAGUAGUGCUUGUUUGCUCGGCAAACUCGACCAUUUGCAAAACAUGCAGUCAUAAACAAGUUCGCCUCUUUUUUCGCAAAAGACAUAAACAGCAGACAUUUAUCUCUUAAAUCCUCGAUCACAGUACCCAUUAAUAAGCUAAUCGGUAAAAGAGCAACCUCGUCGACAACUGUAGACACCAUUUUCAGUGCUUAUGCUGCAAGUCAGGUGGGCAAUCAAGCGACCAAUAGCAUCGACAUCGACGAGGACCUCCACUGCCUGGGAAGGACGCGACGACUUGCGCAGCAUGUACUUCCCGCUUUUGACAAAGACAAGUGGUAAGGCUGGGACGCAAUGACUCACGUCGCGAGCAGACCCAGUCUCCGCGUGCCACACAUGCCUUGGUCGCCGAGGCCCAUCCUCCGCACUGCGAUGAAUUCCACUCUCAUGUGACCUUGAAGGUUGCCAAGGCGAGCGUGUGCCUCAUGUGCCAGAGCGUCUGUAUCGAGGAGCGAUUGAGCCCUGAUUGAGAACGCAGGUCCUUCCUGACUAAGGAGAACAAACAUGCGUAAGAAUACUACCCCAGCCCGUCCUUUCGUAAUGCUAAGUAUAGAUUAUGACAGCAUUCCUGCUCUCAUUUUUUUUCAUGCAUCUCUUUUGUCUUCUUACCUGUCGCUUUAAAUGUCCAAAACCGAUUCUAGGGAAUUUGAUUUUAUGUCCUACUGGGUACUGCUUCCCAGACUGCCUAGACAUUAAAAGAAUACCUCCACAACUGCCUCUAGAGCCACCUUUCGGACAGGUGAGAAGGGGGGGGGGAGGACUCCUUACUUUCUUUUUACUCGCUUUUCUCCCAUCUAGAAGCCAGGAGAACAAUGCCAGCACGAAGAGCACCAGACAUAGCCUGUCUGCCCUGUUCCAAGCAUGGAACCACCUGUUAUUGGGUCAGUCUGCGGCCUCGCCGUCGACACCCGCCGUCAACCUGGCCGGCCAAUUGCCCUCCACUCAGCACCCAAUCUUUUCACCCCUCCUCGGCCAUCUCAAGUCCGGAUCAAAGCUGUCCGGCGCUGUCGCCUCCCUGCUCUCUCCGUGGGCAGGCACCGCAGCAGCUGAAGGCGGCGACCCAAAGGACCCGGACACUUCUAUUGGUGCUGCUGCUGACCCGACAGAUGACAGUCUGGCGGACCUCUUCAAUAGGAUAAACCUAAAGGAUGCCGACUCCGGCAACAAUCCCACCGGCGAGGAAGAAGAGGAGAAAGAAGGUAGGGGGCGGCGCCGUUAUUGUCUUUUGGGACCCUUCAUCGCCACGCGGUGCUUUCGUGUCGUGGUACUCAGCACCCAUCCACACCGCCUAGGGAGGCGACAUUGACUUGGUCAGGACUUACAUGACACUGAGGCAAACUUCGACAAUGCCUCUCUCUCCCUCCCCCCCUCUCUCUCUCCCUCCCCCUCUCUCUCUCACUCUCUCCCCCUCUCCCUCCCUCUCUCUCCCCUCCCUCUCUCUCUCCCUCUCUCUCUCGUCUGCCCUUCUUUGCUCACAAGCCAGCGAGCCUACUUAGGGUGGGGUCGGUCUGGUAAACAGCCUCAUCUGUACGUGCUACACGCGUGUUGUUGCCCCCGAACCCUGUGAACCAGGCUAGCUAGCUAGUCCAGAUCUCACGCGAUGCUGAGCAGUGCUAUAAAGCCAUAGUGCGAAGAAACCUUUUGCAACCUAGCUGUCAGUCCGGAGGCGGACAGGCCCGUCCUGACGGUUUGAAACGGGGAUUUUAAACCGGCCGUAAUAGUGUGGAAAGACUUUGCUAAUAGAAGCGAAGAGGCGAGUUCCGGGAAGUUUUCGUGAAGAAGGAGACACGAUCGCUGGAACAAGAGCUUUAUUAUAGCCUGCCAUUUCGGAUUCUCACUCGAAUCCAUCAUCAGAGACAGAGUCAGAAAGGGGUCGUACGUGGCCCAGGUGUUGCAGUAUUUAUAGGAUGUAGUUGCAAGGCCACUGAGCAACAGCAGCAACCACCCAAUUAGUCGCAAACGCAGUUGUUUAAGGACACUACCGGCGUGUGGAGACACACUGCAGUGGACCGGCAGACAAGGUUACUGAAUUUCAACACCAACGGGUAUUUAAAGCCAAUGGCUACCCGCACAACUUCGUCAACCAGUGUCUGUGCAAACGAGACAAGAGACAAAAUCCGACCGGCCCCAAAUUUUGGCAAGCUCUCCCGUAUGUGAAGAAUGUCUCAGAAGCCGUCAGCCGCCUUCUCACACCCUUUCAAAUUGGGGUAGCACACAGAACGGAGGCAACCCUAAGGCGCCAGGUCAUCAGGCCGAAGGACACAUUGCCGCGGCGAGAAGCAUCUGCAGUCGUUUACCGUAUCUGGUGCAGCUGUGGGUAAAGCAACUAUGUCGGAGAAAUCACAGGACUACUGCGGACGCGGAUGGCCGAGCGCGCAGCAGCGGUGGGGAGGAAAGACGCUAGCUUCCAAAUCGCGGCUCACUCGACGGGACCCAACCACACAUUCAAGUUUUACGAAAUAGAAUUUCUUGCUAGAGGUGACAACCGCGUGGGCCGUGAGCUGCUUCAGUCAUGGUUUACUGGCCCCCAGUCCAUUAACAAGUGCAAUAACCUUCCCCUUCCAUCCUCCGUGCUGACACUUCGCCUAGGCGGAGUAAUUAUCCACGCGGGGAGCGCACAGGCGAACACUCUUCCCAACGCCAAGGGUGGUGGUGCGUCAGAUGGUCGAGCCAUCAUCACACCAACAUCCAGCGCACGUGAUGAAAUUGCAGCAAUUAACGACGCAAAUGUUGACCAUCAAACAAUCAUCACACCACGUGCAACGAUCACUGAUGAAAGGGGGGGGGUUGAGCCGCAGAUCUCCAUAUGCGACAGCCAGUGUAUCGUCUAUCUACAACUGCUGAUAUUCCAGCCAACAGCCUUGAAAAUUUUUCAAUGCAUAUCUGUGAUAGAACACACAAAUGACUGUCGAAUUUUGGCAACAUUUAGCGUCUGUUCUGAGAACUGCACGGCAACUGUAUACUCUAACACCUGGCCAGUCGAACCGUGAUGCACUCGGGAGCUGCCAGCUGCGAUAGGCAUGUAGCGGCCUAGCAACUACAGCAGCCCCAUAGGGCUCCAUCUGAAUUGACCUGUGCCUACAAUCUGAUUGCGCUAAUUUUUACGAGGCUGUCAAGUUAAAUACUGUUUUAUUCACGAGACUAUUUACUAUGGAGGUUUCGAUAAUGCCAGAGACAAUGACUUCAUCGAGCAGCUGUACUGUUUCAAAGGCUGUGAGGUCCCAGUAGGUUGAUAUUAACUGCGGCGUCAUAAACGCGAAAUUUGGAACGGUCAGCAAAUGGGGACAAGGAAAGUACCUUUGUGGAAGUUAUCUACAUGCCUUAGAUGGUUUUUGUUUUACGUAUGAAGGGUUUGCAACAUUGGUCACGUGUGUACUCUCGCAGUUCCCAAGGCAAUCUCAAAAUCCGUUUAAUUUAGUUCCCACGGCAUCGCUGCCGCCGUUUUUCUCGCAAAUGAAUAAGUAGUGUUUAUCUCCGACAUUGGGUCGCAUGGCUUGGCUGGCAAAAGCGUUUCUGCGUGGUGGCGAUAUGAUUGUUUUGCCUCUUUGCAGUAAGUUUACAACUGAUAAUUACAGGCAGAGUUUGACGUUUCAGACGGCAAAAUCGGCUGUGUUGAGGCAUUCUAUCCGUGUGCGUUUGCCGAUAUAACUGCAAGUCUACAACCCAUAGAAGCGGUUGCCUAGCAGUAAGCAAUCUGUUAUUCAGAUCUAACUCGAUAGCGCUCAAUAGCGCUUACAGAUCACCUAUUGAUGGGCCUUCAACUGUCCAGAUAUUGAUAAAGGGUAGAAGCGAUCGCUUCUACUUCUUAUCAAAUAGUUCCUGGAACUCGUAUCUUCGCUUGUAUUGUCAAGAUAUUUCUGUCCUUAGGACUGGUAUCCAGACUGCGAAGUCUUUAUGGAGCCUUUCGACAUAUUCUGUGGAUUAAAUCUGGUUCAUGUCUCUACAGGAACCAGCAUAAGUGUGGUGCGCGUAGACGGGACAGAUAUGACGCUACCCAUUCUGCAUUGAUCUAGCCUUGCCGUUAGAAUACGAUGGGCGUAGGAAGGGAGGAUGAGGUUAGCAUCUUGCAAGUUCCAUUCAUCGUAAUGUAACUGAGGAAAGUCAUCGCUGCCUUCCCCCCCCCCCCCAGGCGUAGUGGUGGUUCUGUCAGAUCCCGAAUAACGAACUAAUGAUAAUUAACUGAGCUAGCUGUCUAAAAUUUGAGACUUUAUGCAAACUGCUAGUGUGCUACUCGGAGUAUGAGCCGCGUCUUCACCAGCAUGGUCUGCACUUGACAUGUGGCUUUGGAACGUGGUUACUUGAAAAUUUGUACGCCGUUUAACGCAUGCAAAAUGAUACUGAAUUUGUCUUUCCAGUUUUUCGACAAAACUCUACAGCGCUUCAGAAACCCACUGCCUUUUAAGUCAUUAGUGGGGUGUAUAGAGUCGCCAUAAUCACUCUUCCAUCAAGUUUUUAUAUUUUAAAUAAGUAAAAUAAACACCGGAAGGAAGUUCUUCUGCAGUGCCUAGUGGUAGCAUUACCAUGGAAAUAACUUGAUUUCAAAGGAACGUAGUCUGUACUUUUGUGUAAAAUGCCUACUGAAGCUGGGAACCGUCGUGCGAUCGUGUACUAGCAACGAACUCAUAUCCUCCCUUUCUGAAACUUGAAAAUUAAAUUCCUGCCAAACUUAUCACACACCGAGCCUUGAUGUUGUUUUGUUGGUGACUGGUACAGAGUUUCAUUCUGCCAAAUAAUUGGUUUUAAACAAUGUAUUAUACUUAGCUGCACUUGGUACACAUGCACUCAUUGCCGUUCAUACCUGCCGCGGUUUGCGGCAGUAAGUUCCAAACACAUUACGCUCCCUUUUACAAAGAUGAAGUCGUACACCCGAACACUACCUCCCUAUCUUGGCGAACUCCAUCGAGCCGCUUUAGGCCGAACCCUUCUUUGUCGCUUCCGCGUAGACGGUGGCAUCCAGUUUAGGACAUCAUGACUAAUUUCAUCUGACUGGCGACGUGGAGAAUGUGGCCAAACAACGCAGGGUCUCGUUUUCCGAUGGUCUGGAAUACAGUUGCAGCGUUCUUCUAAGUAUUUGACUGUCUCGGUGGAGAGGAUGUCAACCUACUUUAUUCUGGGGAUGGUUCCCAGGCAACAGGAAUGUACAAACGCCACUUUCUGCUCGUCGUUGACACGCACAACCUGGAAUCGGGCCUCAGAUUAACCCGCUGUACGCCGAUGCUUGUGACGAUCCAGAUAUUGACACGAGCCUAUGGACUCCUUCGAAAACUAGCUUUAACUGUGCGGUUACAGGCGCCAGUACCGUGCUGCGCUGUCCGUUUGGCAACAUAGGCCCCCGCAACGGCCCGCGCUAGGCCACAACUACUUUCCUACAUGCAUGUUGCUCGCCUUUACGCUGCGUUAUCCACUGCGGGCCCAGACAGUUGCCUGGUGAGGCCGACAUUAGGAAAUCCUCUUCCACGGUACAUCAGCACAUCCCUUGCCACAAUAGAUGCGACGCGCUUAAACCUGCCACGACACCGUAACAGACCUGAAAGGUUGCCAACGGUCGGGAUGACACGCUCCUCAAGGGGAUUGUAAUGCAGUAACUGGAGAACUCGCAUCCAGGCUACAAUUGCUCCUUUAACUAUUCUGAAACGCCAAGCCAAUAAAUUUCGUGUCCAUGAUCGCAUCUUCGUCUUUGAACUGUUCCCUGGAACUAGCCUCUUCGCUUAUAUAGGUAAUUCUCACCUACGUGAGAUCGCAGCCGACUUGUCAAUAGCCCGGUACAUGCGGUGGGGGGACUAGGCCGUGCGCGCCACGCUUGGACGGGCAAUGCAGCUUCGUCAGCCAUGCGCUCAAGCCCAUCUUCGCUUGUCUUGACACUGUCUUGCCAUGGGAGCAAGAUGGGUUAGGAGGAGGAGGAAGCGCAGAGGAUGUUGCAUACGCCCUUUCCAACGUGACACUUGAAAUCCGCUCUUCUCAGAACUGAGAAUCAAGCUGCAGUUGCUCCUUCCUUUAUGACACUCGAGCCACCCCUACAGUAGCCUGAUACAUACAUGCAUAAGCAGGCUGUUUAGCCUUGUCAAUCACAGCGUCCGUGCCCUCCUGCCAUCCGAGAACGGUAGGAGCGUGUGCGAUAGAUGUUGUGCAAGUCUACUCCACCAUAAACUAGUUCACAUGAAAGUCACCGUUUCUGCCCCCUCUCCAUGGGGCACGCGGUUGACAGUCAUUUGGUGUAACCAUUGGACACCGAGAUAUUUUGGACUGUGUACUUAAACCUAACGGACGUUGACCGUAGGGGAUGCCUUCUAGCGAGGCAUGCAGCUUAGGAAUAUUUCAGGUUUUUAGUGUGUGUGAUAUAAUGUGAGUAAGUGUUGAUGAGUACGCCGUUAUUUGUCAUGCUAAUUUAUUUGUUUGUUUUCGGUUUUUAGCCUUUUUCUCACCUGACCGUGGCCGAGCCUCGCCAACGGGCCCCACGGCACCUUUUGGCUCCGUGGAUCUAGCACCGCAGUCUGGCUUUCUAGAAGACACUCAGUCCUCCAUCCUGCCGCAUUUGGAGAGAAGUUCCCACUCCCUCUGUUCUUCGCAUUACUCAGACGCAGUGGAGACCAUUGAGAAUGUGUCAAGUGCACCACCUGCUGGGUCCUCUUCAGCGUCCCUGAGUCAAUCUUGCUGGGUUGUAACCGACGGCACCGCGGAGGAAAGACGCACUUCCAGCAUAGGCCUGGAAGACGCCUCCAGUACCGAGGACAUUUCUCACAUUGAAGCCGCCAGGACUCCACGGGAAAUCAUUCCACCUCGGAGAGCAACUCUCACACCACCGGCCUCUGAGUGUCCGGUGCACGUUUUGGGUGUUCCUUCCUCGAACAUGGGAGAUUCCGCCCUGCUGACUGAUCCUCAAACUACUCCACUCGACCACAAGAACAACAGUAGGCAGCGGUCCCCUGAUCUCGUUCCUGCCCCAGCAUUUCCUUUCACUACUUCCAUACCCUCGUGUGAUCAAGAGGUUGAUGCAAUUCCGGACGUUGAAGUCCAGCUGCCCCUUCCCUUAGCAACGGAGCCGUCUUCCGUAGGCGCCGAAUAUCACUUCCCAACAUCCGCUUUUCCGCCACAGUCACCAAGCGCACGUGUCCAAAGCGUCCCAUCCAUAGAUGAACCGGAAGCUGUUGUUUUGCCUCCUCUGGCAGAUCUGUAUGAAUAUCCAGCUCCUCAGACGGAAAUCUAUCCUUUGAAUACUACUUCAACUGGGAAGCGACCGAAUACUAAACCUGAAGGACCAGUAAAUGCAGAUGAUGUCACUAGCCAACCGGUGUCAGUUAGCCUCAACUCACACUUUAUUUACACGGAAACUGACAGUGGUCCACUCUCUGCCAGACAGCGCCAGUCCAUUGAUGUGCAGCUGGAAUCUGCUGGAACGCAACUUCCAAGUGAGGAUGAAUUGCGAUUGUCGGAGGAAAAGCCUGUUCCACAACCCUUAGCUGCACGUGAUAACUCGCUCACCGACUCCUUCGCAGCUCCUUCUCUUGACCCUUCCUUAACGCGGUCGAUUAUUGAGCAGGGGCCGGCGUUGAGUUUGAUUGUUGACCCAGUCUCUGCUACGACAAUUGAGUCCGCGGAGACGGUUCCGUCCGCUCCUCAUAAUCGCGCUGCUCUAGAUGCCGGUUGCACUGUUCCAUUCGUCACCUCCGCCGUCGUCUCUGAGACCGCGGACUUGUUCUCAGCUGUUCAAAAGACCGCGGAGACGCCACUCACUGAAGGGGCAGCCGAUAACUGCUCUGUGGUCAUAAGCUCCACUCCUGCAGACAGCCACAAUGGCGAUGUUAGUUUAUUUUCGUCGUCAGCUGCCGCUGUCAGCACCGAUGAGGAGACCUCCGUCAUUGAACGCCCUUUCGAACAGACGUGCAGUACAGUUAUUGAGGUCGCCGACACACGCUUGACCACUGGACGGUCUGCAAGCCCAGUUGACGCUGAAGUGGCGGCUGCUGAUCGACUCGUCAUUAUAAGCUACCCUUCUGAUGUCGCAUCCGAUGGCAAGGCUCGUUCGUCACUUUCCUCUUCGACUGCCGCCACCACCAACAACGAAGACACCUCCGUUGUUGAGCCUCCUUCGGCACCAGUUGCCGUUGUGGCGACUGAGACUAUGGGCGUGCCCCUGACUUCUCAGCAAAUCGGGAGUACAGAAGAAACUGAUCAUCAUCUUCCAGUUGCAGUCUCCUCACCCGAGGUCCCCUCGACGACGCCCGAGUGCCGCCCCACCGAACUCAACCAACGACCUCGGCGGAACACGGUCACCCUCGAAAACCCAAUCCAACUGCAACGUAUUCACGCGCCCAGACUUUCGGGAAACGCGGAAUCAUCGGUGGAACCUACUGCCACGGCCGCCGCCGCCGCCGCCGACAGCACCACCACGGACUUGGGGCGACACAGUACCGAGGCGAUUGUAUCGGAGGACAAAGAGAACGUACCACCGAAAGUGGGUUACUUUCCUCUCAUGUCUAACUGCGCUUGAAAUGUGAUGUAUACGGACGGGUAUACGCAUUUGGACCGGUGCGCCAAAGUUUCAAACCCAGAAAGACACCGGCUUGGCCAUACAGUGAAGCACCUGACAGAGUCAUCCGCAGGGUUGCAUUGUACGGAAGCGUGUGGGGACAGCCUGUGUGCACGUGUUAGGGCUUAGGUGCAUGCCUACUCAAGGUUGCGGGGUGUCGCUCCCUGCCUGAUGAGUGAUUUAGACUGAAAAGUAAAGCAGUCUAAUGAUGCCUUCUCCAGAAUGUUUGUGCCAUUCAGUGCAAGGAGGGUGCCCUGGGAAAAAGAAUUCUCUCGUGUCCUUGGCAUUGUUGCUUCUCGUAUUUAAAUCCCAUACAGGUAGUGGAACCACUUCCAGCUUCAAGAGCUCCCGUCAAGCCCCCUCCCCGUAGUAAGUAAGCAGCCGUCUAGACCUGAGCGGGAAGAAGUUUGCUAAAAGCCCGUCGACAAGGGGGCACCCUAAUUGCUGCACCCAGAGGGCUAAAAAGUAAACUUUAAUGACACUUUUGGACCAAUUUUAUUAAUCCCCCGAUUUUAUUGUUGGGUAUGAGGCUUUUGUACGCCGAUAAUGCUUGACAUGUGCUCGCGAUGAAAUCCCAGACAGUUCAAGCACGACAGUUGAGGUUCCCUUCACACCCCUUUCGUCACAUGUUACGUGCAUUUAUUGCUACUGCCGCAAGCCAACGUCGAAAGCUAACUGAAUGUGACAAAGAGGUCAGGUCAAAACCUGUCUGGACAGGGUGCGUCAGUAUAUGGAUGCGGUUUUCAGACCUACAGUUUCUGUUCUUAAUCUUGGAAAAGGGGGCGUGUUGAAGUCAUCAGGUCCGGACAUGCACCGCUGUGCGGCUGCUGGAGUAAACCCCCUUUUCUCAAAGCACAUAUAUACAUAUAAUACAUAGGCAGCUCGCUAAGAGUGCAACGGGCCAGACGUAGACAGCUGUCAAGUGGGCGUUUGACCCUCACUUUUGUGGUUAGGAUCUCACUCGAUCCCAUUCCGUCCGCCCGCCAGCUUGCUACUGGCGACAACGAACGGUGUGUCAUAGGACACGUACCACAUACAAUACAUAGGCAGCUCGCUAAGAGUGCAACAGGCCAGACGCAGACAGCUGUUUCACGGUCGUUACCACUUCAUAAGGCCUAUGACGUACUGAUGAUCGGUAAAGUGAGAUCCUAACCACAACAGUGAGGGUCAAACGCUCACUUGACAUAUAUGCAUAUAUAUGUUGGGGUUGGGUGUGACUGACUGACUGACGACGGCUAAUAAGCCAGAAAUGGCCAUUCCAGUCUCCCUUGUCUUUGUUGGUAAUAUCAUUAUACAUAUAUAUAUAUAUAUAUAUAUAUAUAUAUAUGUAUAUAUGUCGAUAUGCGUAAAGAUUCGAGGUCCAGACAUUGUAUCGCGUUUAUCAUCUCCCGAAGAAGACGAAGUAGAAGCAUUCUCUGUCGUCCCUCCUCGCUGCUAUUAUGACUUGGCCGACUUCGGCCUGGUAAUUGGUUGCCUGUUCGUGACCUUUGCCACACAUGCAGAGCUUGUUUGCUUUGUGAAGCCAAUAGAUCGGUGUGCGCCCAUUCCUGAUUGAUAAAUACCCGAUCUGCAGCGACAGAGAAUGACAGGUGGCGAGGCACUGAUGAACUUCGGUUCGAUGAAGUGCUUAUGACCCAUCUGGUAGGCCUCAGAGGUGGACCGACUGCGCCAGGUGCGUCUGUGCGCAUGUUUGUGUUUCUGGUCUCAGCUGCUGGUGGUCAGGGUUAUGAUUGGCUGAAUGAAGGCAGAAUAAGCCCGAAACAGUGCUGUAUCAAUCUACCCGCAUUCUCUGUCGUCCCUCCUCGCUGAUAUAUAUAUAUAUGUAUAUAUGUCGAUAUGCGUAAAGAUUCGAGGUCCAGACAUUGUAUCGCGUUUAUCAUCUCCCGAAGAAGACGAAGAAGUAGAGAGGGCGAAUUCAUGGACCAUAUUGUAUUCGAACUGACGUUUCGGAAACUUCCUCGUUUCCAUCAUCAGAGUAGCGUAAUUGUUGCACUUGCCGGUCUUGAGUUGUUCAGUCUUGCCGCUUGCCUCGUAUUAUAGCCGUGCUGGACGCACGAACUUUGACCUGCCUGUUUGCCGCUGACUGGCUUAGACCUCAUAUAUACACACACAUACACAUAUAUAUGUAUAUGUGUAUGUGUGUGUUUUGCAGUUUGAUAGUCGUAACAUCUGUAGAAGCGACGUUGAGAUGAUCAACGAAGAUUGAGUUUGGAUGCUGUGAUUGGACUUCAAAAAUGUCGCCGCAAUUUUCGUCUGUCCAGAGCUGUUGCCAAGCCCGCCUGGGCAUCGCCUGAUAACUUGAACAGAUUGCUAGGCCUAAGAGGGUCUGACCAGAAGCAUUCUCUGAUCGCCUAAAUCAUUUGUUUCGGGAAGCGCCUUAGUAGAAAUGUUAGUCGCGCUCGAUCGAUGCUUCAGUAAAAUAGCGAUCAACAUAACGUCUUUCGACCAUGAUGACAAGAACUCUAGACGCGUAGUCACCUAGCUUUCUGCCGAAUUAUGCGUCUCUGGGUUUUCGGCUCUCUUGCACGCAAUGGCAUUUUCCAAACUUUAAAACGUCUGUGUCGAUUAUCCACACAACUUUUCCCACGAGCCCGGUCGGAUGUUUUCGGAGCUGAAACGCUUGCUGUUAGGCUGUCCCAUGCAGGUGUUACCCUAAUCUAAGGCGCUGUAGCGAAACCUUAACACAUCCAUUAGGAAGGCCUCACUUCUAUUUAGGCAAAUUCCUCUAAGUGGUGUGUUUACUGUGACUUCGACUGUUCAGGGGGGCACCCAGGUCAACAUCUGAGGGGGAUAGAAGACUUAGGCAUACUUUCGUCCAAAUCAGUGACUCGAACAGGAAAAGUACCCUCGGGACUCUAGAUUUAUUCCGGACUCCAACACUGCCCGUACUUAAAAGUAAGGACAUUCAACUUUAUCGUGCUUCUCUCCUAACAACAAUUUUGUUCGAUUAGUAAAGUAAACAUGCACUUUACCGUCCUUGUUCACUCCCCCCCCCCCGCCACCCAGCCGAGACGCCGUACCACCGGCAUUAGAAAGUCUGUCAGGCAGGCGGACACUUCGCCUGGUACUAAAACCUAUUCGCCCCGUCAACCAUCUCUGACGAGUGUUGACACGGAAGCGCCUCUCGACCACCUGCGCUACUCAAAACCCCAUCCCGAACUCAUUGAGAAGGAGAAAGCGCAGCUGCGUGAGGAGAUCGCUCGUCUCAACACUCUUGCUGACAGUUUGAGGCAAGCGCCCCCAUUGAUAUACAGUCAAGCCUUUUUAGCCUACCCCUUGGUCCUUGUGGCUGUAAUCCAAGGCACUUGUUAUUCCGGCGCCGAAUUUUACUUAUCGCGACGGCAGGUUUGCCUGUACUUCCAGAAGUUCGUGUUUCUUUAAUUCAGCCUUCGAUGGCAGAACUUGUCCUUUUUCAUUGCGCCCAGACGACGUCACAUCUGCCAUGAAUACUUCCUACUUCAAAGUUUGACCAGUUUCUUUACAGUGACUUGAGACUCGCUCGUCUGAUUAUCUUCCGGCGCAUUACUGAUGGUGCGAGGGCUGUUUUUGCUCUACCGUUAUAUCCAUUGGUUUUUCCACUAAUUCUCAUUUCUUUUCCUCAUCUGAGACUCCCUUUGCGGCUGAAAUGAAGAAUCGAAAAAAAUUCGCAUAUUUUAAGAUUGUUGAGCCCUGCAUUUAUUACAACCAUCGUAACUGAUUCAACUAAUCCUGCGCCGCAUACCCAGAGGACAUUGAAUGAUCACCUCCCAUUGAAGUCUGGAAGCCCAUGUGAACGACCAGUGAUUCCACUUUCAGCCAUGCUGGGGUUAGGCUCAACCCCGUGCCAAUUCGGAACUGCAAAAUGCCGUGUAUCAAAUAAUCACCAAGACUGCCAAAGUGGACGUUAGCAUGAACCCCUCCAAGAUGGUCACAUGAGAUUUUGCGUUCGGAUAUAGGUAUCUCCCAGUCACGGCAGACGGUGCCUUUUUGAGCUAGUAGACCACAUCCGUUACAUUUUGUCGAAUUUUUCGCUAAUCUAGCAUGAUAAAGACUUGGUUGACCAUCGGAGAUGUCUGGCGCCGGUGGCCUUGUUCCGACUUUGCCCGAACGUCUGAAAUCGAUUUGAAAUCAGUGCGAGUGUUCACCGCCCCACCGCAAAGAAAAUGCGUACGGGUUUUAGACCGGUUCCAUGCGCCUAAAAGCUAUCCACCAUUUUAAAGCCUUCCGACAGUAGAACUUACGCUAAGGCGAAGUCGUUCGGAGUGUCAUCCAAACUGAAUUCGGCCCCGGCUGACGGCGGCGCCGAAGUUUGCCACCUGAACACACGGAUAGGUGCGGUGAAAGCCAGCCCCAAGUUCCUUGUGGCUGUAAUCCAAGGCACUUGUUAUUCCGGCGUCGAAUUUGACAUGCUGUACGUGUUUUUACUUAUCGCGACGGCAGUUUUGCUUGUACUUCCUGAAGUUUGUGUUUCGAUGACAGAACUUGUCCUUUCUCAUUAAGCCCAGGCAAUGUCUCAUCUGCCAUGAAUACUUCUUACUUCAAAGUUUGACCAGUUUCUUUACAGUGACUUGAGACUCGCUCGUCUGAGUAUCGUCCGCCGCACUACUGAUUGUGCGAGGGCUGUUUUUGCUCUACUGAUGUCCGGAAGCCCAUGUGAACAGCGAGUAAUUUCACUUCCAGUUAUGUUGUGGCUAGGCUCUCACCAAUUCUGCCCAAACCCGUGCAAAUCCGGAACUGCGAAAUGCCGUGUAUCAAAUAGUCACGAAGACUGCCAAAGUGAACGUUAGCAUGAAUCCCUCCAAGAUGGUCACAUCAGACUUUGCGUUCGGAUGUAAUUAUCUCCCAGUCACGGCAGACGGUGACUUUUUCGGGCUAGAAGACCAUUUCCGUUACUUUUUGUCGAUUGUUUUGCCAAUCUAGCAAGAUAAAGACUUGGUUGACCAUCAGAGCUGUCUGGCGCCGGUAACCUUGUUCCGACUUUGCCCCAACUUCUGAAAUCGAUAUGAAGUCGGUCUGAACAUCAAUGUGCGAGUGUUCACGGCCCCACUGCAAAGAAUAUCUGUACGAAUUUUAGACCUGUUCCAUGCGCCUAAAAGCUAUACACCAUUUUAAAGCCGUCUGACGAUAGAAUCUACGCUAAGGCGAAGUCGUUCGGGGUGUCAUCCAACCUGAAUUCGGUCCCGGCUGGCGGUGGCGCCGAAGUUUACUAACUGAACACACGGAUAUCUGCGGUGAUGGCCAGCCUCAAGUCCCCCUCCAGCCCUGUGGUCUUUCGUGUGCGGGCCUGGUAUUCCAACCGAUAUCAUCUCGCUCCAGCGUCUGCCGAUGGUCAACGGUAAAGUUUCGUGAUCUGUGAAGUUACGCGCUGGGAAUCAAUUUAAUCAGUACAAAUGAUUACUGCCGCAAGCGCACGGAAGUAUCACAGUUGGCCGGAGUCUGAACCGACGGAAAAUAGACUCCUAUCGCGUCCACCCAUGUCUUUGGGCGAUACCCUCGACGCCGCAGUUCCUAACAAUAUAGAUUUGUAGCCAUACGAGGAGACCGCCACUCCGCUGAGACUGUGAUUACCAGGUGUAGUUGACACCUCACGGCGCCUUCUGAUAACAUGCAACCUCCCGCAUUCGAGAACUUGCACGUUAACGCCAUUUUUUGUCAAAAUGGCUUAGGCGUCCGCAAAUGAUCAACCAAUCAGGCCAUUCGUCAUAACAAAUUCGCGGGAAUAACUGGAAGCCCCGUAUACCGUCAGUUAGGGGGUCAAUCAAGGCGCCCACUACGGGCUGUGCUGCAGAUGGGCUGAACUAACACGGGGUCCAGAUUAGGCAUAAAUCGGUCUGCGCUGGGUCCCCGCAAGCCCCUAACUGCUGCCGAAUGUGCGACUGUCUGACAGGCCUUAGACAUAUGUCCUUACACUGCGUCAACCAACGCACCCAAUCCCAUCAGUUGCGUUGACAGACUCGGACAGAGUAAGGCCGACACUGGAGAAUCCAUCCUUACGGCAAAUAAGCACAUUCCUCACUAAUACAGCUCUUGUUCUAGCGAUAUUGUCUCCCUCUUUGCGACCGCUUCCUGAAGCUCGCCUUUUCGCUUCUAUUAGCACAUUCCUUACUAUUGUAAGUCUGACGUGUCUGAACCCAUCAUGACGCCCUAAAAGUCGUGGUGGCUCGGGUGGCUACCGACUGACGGGGAUGACUCGGUCCUCUUCGAGACUGGGAGUCAGGCAAAAAUGGCUUCCGCCUAGUGCAGCCUCUAUGACAUUCUCACUGAUGUGAGACUCGAACCGCCCUCGUGAAAGCUGAGUACAUCAUGUAGGGGCCAGGCUAUGCGUGGCACGCGCAGACAGACCGAGGUCACCUCCGGUCGUCUGGACAUUGUAUUGCCAUCUGUGUAAGGUGAGUGCGGAGAAAAUAUGCUAAGUGCCGCGCAAGUGUCUGCCUUGUCAUGGACCAGUUCACAGGCAAGUUCCCGAUGGGGUCAUAAUGCGGUGGACAUCGUCGCUGGCGAGGACCGAACUGUCUGGUUAGGCACAGAGACAUUUGUCCCCUCUGACUUCCAUGGUAUAGUAACCACAACUUCUCACCCCGUUUGCUACCAUCUUGGCAACUCUUAUUCUUCCCCUCUGUCUACCCCUGCCGCUUUUCCACCAGGCCCGUCUGUGCCAGCUACCAAAACGCCUUCGAGGAGGCGCUGGAUCUGAAGAGCCGCUCCUGCAUGGCCUUCGGCAGCGCCGCCGUGCAGGCCAGAGAUGAGCUGCUGCGCACACAAAGUGAGGCAGCGACGGUUCAAAAAGCCCUGGAGGACUCACAUCGGCGGUUCCUGAAAAUAAAGGAGUCUAUUGAGGAGAAACGAAAGGUAUGGCCGCGUUUAUACGUUCUAUCCAGCCUUCAAUGUUCCUGUGUUGAAUAACCUGCGCUGCUAGGAUGGUCGGGUCGCUAGACGGGUCAUUUUUAGAACAAAAUCCCAAAAAACUCCUGUGCUGUCGCCAAGCGAAAUUGCUAAGGGGGAGUGCUGCAGCUGUGUCUCCUACUGCAACUUACAUCGGUACAUUCCACACGCUUAAUUAACUGCCAGUGCAAGCAAAUAGAUCAUCCUCACACUCCUGUGAAUCCAGUCUAUUUGUACGAGCAUGCGCACACGAGCCUGUGUUUGGCGCGAUGAGUGGUUGAGCCAUCCUAGUGAGUGAGUGGAUGCCCCUUACUGCAGCUCUCCACGCACACUCACGCAGAUUUCAACUCACCAGGCUGACAAUCGCCAUGCGAUCGGAUACACUGCCUUUAUUACCCACACUGCCUGAUUCCCAUUGGAGUCGUCCGGCGACCGAGCACGAGACCUGUUUCGGUGGCGAAGGAAGUUUGCACUGGAGUAUGGUUUUGGUCUGCCGCUGGUAAACCGUGCUUCCUACCCUUGAGAGGUUGAUUAUACUCAAACAGUAGUCACCUGAAGAGAUUCAAUGACGGAACUCGGUACUUGAACGGAUCUCAGUCCGUCUUCGGCUGUUAAGGUCCACACUUCGACUUUUCCACGGGAAAUCUGGUAAGAUGAUACUUGGUAGCCGUGCCCACAGACUCCACAAUGGUGCCUACUGGAUCGAUUUCAGUAGCUGUGAUUGCGUUCUCAUUAUGCUGCUAAGUUCACGCGCACGCUGUAUUACCUGCAUCAGAUUCAUUUUAGAGGUACUAUCCUGGGCAGAUUUGCACCGGUAACGAUAUCAAUGAGGCGUACCCUAUGCCAAAUUUCAUUAGAAGAGGUAGUUGGCAACCGUGCCCACAUAAUCCACAGUAGUACCUACUGGUUUGACUUCAGUAGCUAUGAUUUAGUUCUCAUUGUGCUUCUAAAUUUGCAUGCGUGCUGUAUUACCUGUACCAGAUUCUUUGUGGAGGUACUAUCCUGGGCACCGGUAACGAUGACAAUGAGGGUUUCCCUACAUCAACUUUCAUAAGAAGAGGUAGUUCUUGACUGCCUCAUUCAUUGUAGAGGUACUAUCUUGGGCGGAUUGUCACCGGUAACGAUGCCAAUGAGGCUUACCCUUUAUCAACUUUCAUUAGCAGAGGUAACUUUUGACUGCCUCAUUAUUUGCUGAUUUUCUCUUCCGCCUAAACCAGUUUUUCGCAUAAAAGUCUAACCCGUCUUGCGUUGUGGCGUUUCCCGUGGCGCUGCUUGACUCUCGUGUCCUUCUGUCCAUUAUGUUGGAUGGAGUUCUAUCACUUACACUGCGGAAUGACCUUCGGACCAGUUGCCUUCUUCCCACUGGUUGUUCGCCUUAACUUGCUUUUCUUUCCAAUCUGAGGCUAGGAUGCAUGUAUUCCACACACCGUUCAAAGUCUCCUUGCUCAUUUCCAUACCUUCCUUGUAUUUUUCACCUAAUCUAAAUUAGGCUUCCACUUUACCAGGAGCGUCAAUUCUUAGCAUAUACUACAAUCGCCAAUUACCCAUCCACUCAAUUGUCCCACCCGUAUAGCCCCUAUUACCACCGGUCCCGAUUGACAGGCAGCUUUGCGUUUGCGGUGUCAGGAGGGCUACCAACUAUCAUCUAACCGGAAAUCUUUCGCCUGAUCCUAUUAUCGCCGACUUGUGGGUUUAGUUUUGAGAAAGUUAUCAUUGUUGACAUACAGUAGAUGGGCUAACCCAUGAAAUAUCAACCGAAAUUCGUUUUCUUCUCGAAAAGUUUAAUUAAGUAGGGUUGUGAAACUAAUAAUCAUGAGGCAUAAUUCUAUAAUAAGUCAGUAACCUCAGGAUGCCGGCUUUCGAACGAACAUCUUUCUGGCCGCAUGCAAAAAACCACACUCUGUAAUAAGUGGUUACUUAAGUGCAUGCAUUUUUCUCAUUGCUUUCCGAUGUCCUUAAACAUCAGAUUAUAUUUCAUGGAAAGCAUGCGUAAAAAUAUUCCUUCUUUUACUCAUUCGGUAGAAAAUUAUGUCUUCUUCCAAUGUUAUACUUAAAGGAAGUAUCGCGUUCAUCAUCUCACGAAGAAGAGAGGGCGAAUUCAUGGACCAUAUUGUAUCCGAAUUGACGUUUCGGAAACUUCCUCGUUUCCAUCAUCAGAGUAGCGUACUUGUUGCUCCUGCCGGUCUUGAGUUGUUCAGUCUUGCCGCUUGCCUUGUAUUAUAGCCGUGCUCGACGCACGAACAUUGACCUGCCUGUUUGCCGCUGACUGGCUUAGACCUCCCCGGGGCUGACCGCUGAUAGGCCUGCGUGACCUUUGUUCCCUUUGGGGUCGGCGUAAUUGUAGUCAAAUCAGCGUGCCGCUUGGCCUCUUCCACGUCAGCCGGUGGACUGAUCGGUCGUUGCUGUUCAUGUGAGCAGCAUUCAGCUUCGCGGGCGCAUCGGUGAGACAGUGUUCGGCUUUGGUCACACGAACUCUGGCCCCCAGACCUCGAAUCUUUACGCAUAUCGACUCAAAGCAAGUGUAUAAAUCGGUUUUUAGAAAGUUUCUAAUCAUGAAAGUUUCCACUACCGUGAACUGCCCAUUCAUGAAACAUCGUGUCUCUGCAUUUAUUAAUGUUCCUUGUAAAGUUUGCAAUACAGCUCAAGUCCACUGCUAAAUUUUGUCAGUCCCACAGGGUCUCCUCUUAAUACCGUAGAGAAAUGUAUGGUUUUCCGUACGCAGCAAAUUAAUGGUUUGUAGUUUGUAAACCCUGAAUGCAGGUGUGACGGCAGGUCGGGUUUAAAAUUAUUUGGGAUUUGGAAAAGUUUUUGAAACCCGAAUUAUACCCUUCCAUCGAGUAUAAAAUUGAAAGAGGAGGAGAUUGUCUGCCGAAUAAGUAAAGGAAUGAGUAUCUUUAUGCAUGUUUUCUAUGAAAUACAAUUGGAUUUUUAAGGGCAUCGAAAAUCAAUGAGAGAAACGCAUGCUACUUAAGUAUCCACUUAUUACAGUGUUGUUUUUCCAUGCGGCUGGGAAGUAGUUCGAAAGCCGGUAUCCUGAGGUAACUCAAUUAUCAUCGAAUUAUGCUGCAUGAUGAUUAAUUUUAUAACCCUAUCUAAGUAAUCUUUUCGAAACGUAAACUCAUUUCGGAAUUUCGGCUAACGUUUCAUGAGUUAGCCCACCUAGUGUAUAAGUCCUUUUAACGAGUUGGUAUUACGUAAGUAACGGUUCGUAAGUCUAAAAAUGAUUCCGAGAAAAAGGUGAAUUCCGAGAAGGUCCUAUCUCCUGGAGAAUUUGUACGUGCCUGAAUUUGUGGGCUCUUGCUCUAAAGCAUCCGCGGAAGUGAUGGAAUAUUCGGCGUGCCUCAGACGGCAGCGACUGUCUAGGUCUGCUGAAUUAUCACAACCAUCUGCGCAGUACUCCAACAUCCAUCCUUCUGAGAUUCGGCCGUUUCCUAUCUUGUUGCAGUGAUCGGCUUGCCUCAAGAUCAGGUCAUAGGGCUGACGACGUAGCCCGUUUGGGGACGAUUUCCUGCCCGGUCGAACUUGACUCAACAAUUUAAGCACUGUGUUUUACUUCAAAUUAAUACUACCUUUUUUCCCGCCGUAGGCCCUGGAAGCCUUCAUGUCAAAGAAUGAGAGUUUGAGGUCAAAGGUUUCGGUGCUAGCACAGAAAGGGGAAAAAUACCAGAAGUACUGUCUUGAGAAGUUGGUAAAGUAAGUCUACUGCCAGACCCCAUCUCUCUCACUUUCCCAUUGAAGCCUAUCUGGCAAUGAUGUAGACUAACUCAACUCUGCUUACUUCUAGGGCCUUGGAACUGCUGGAUGCCGAGAAGCAGGCCGCCGAAAGGGAGGUCAACAAACUUCGCGUGCGGGCUAAACAGUUGGAGUUAAAGGUGACAUCGCUGGAGGAGCAGUUGCAGCGGGUGGUACGUGAAUUUCUUGACUCUGAGCAGUAUUCCCUGUUCUCUUUUUAUUCGCAUGCCUAGUGAGCUAGUUUAGAGAAAGAGAGCGGAGAGGCCAGAUAAGUUGUUCAGCAGGUCUCUUUGGCGAUGGAACUGUGUCAUUCUGUUUUUUUUAAGUCGAGGCUAGUGAGAGUUUAACACUCAGUGCUUGAAAACAUCUUCUGUGCGGUAAACAACUGAGAGAAGAUAUUUUCCAAACAGGGUUGUAGUCAGCUAUGCCGACCUGCAGUGGCUCUGCCUAGUGCCUGUAGUCAUUGCUGGCGAUUGCGUGUUCGAGCACGUGUUUUUGUGUUUGGUCGGCCCCGAUUGGUUGAUGUCGUCUAGGGUGUUCGGGGCUGAACCUGCCACCGUCAGUGCCCUUUUGGGGAUGAAUAGAGCUUCGACCGGUUCCUAUUUUAUCCACCAGGUGAACGCAUGUUUUGCCCUCCCUAAAAGCUCUUCCCUCAUUCUAAAUGCAAGCUUAUUUAUUUUUUAGACUGAAGAGAAUCGAGAGCUGACGACCAUUUGCGAAAAACUUAUUGGUUGA